AAUCGCCGCGAGAGCACGGAUUACAUGUUUUGCGCGAUUGCACUGCUUUGCUUCCCAUUCUGUUAGGUAGCUUUGAAUGAUCGGAGACGAGCUCCUCCCCACAUCGUGAAGCGGCAGAUACCCACGGAGCCGUGCAUUUAAAGCUAAUUCCUCGCAAGAGCCCGCCUCACCAUGCCGUCGGCAGCAGUAUGUAUGCGGACUCUGAGAGCCUACUCUCGUCAUGGCUCUAAUCAUGUUCGAGUUAUGGCUAGGGCCUUUUCUGCCACUUCACGUAGGGCUGAAAUAAAUAAGGUCUACCCCUCGGCCUCGGAAGCUCUCAAGGAUAUGAAGCCUAACUCAACCGUUCUCUGCGGUGGAUUUGGUCUUUGCGGCGUGCCUGACACUCUAAUCAACGAAGUUUUGAAAAAGCCCGAGAUAACCGGUCUCACGGCCGUUUCAAACAAUGCAGGAACUGACACCUCCGGCUUGGGCCAGCUCUUGAAGACAAAGCAAGUUAAGAAAAUGAUUGCUAGUUAUAUUGGCGAAAACAAGACAUUCGAGACCAUGUACUUGACGGGUGAAGUCGAACUUGAGCUUACUCCUCAAGGCACCCUGGCCGAGCGGUGCGCUGCUGGUGGUAAGGGUGUCCCAGCUUUCUACACACCUGCGGCCUUUGGAACAGUGGUACAGACAGGCGAUCUCCCUUUGCGAAAUAAGAGUGACGGCACACCGGAUCAGUUUUCUUACCCGAAAGAUGUCAAAGUAUUCGACGGAAAGUCGUACCUCCUGGAGCACAGUAUCAAAGGAGAUUAUGCCUUUGUCAAGGCUUACAAGGCUGACAAACUCGGCAACUGCCAGUUCCGUCUUGCUGCCAACAACUUCAACGGUGCUAUGGGACGCAAUGCCAAGAUGACCAUCGUCGAGGCUGAGCAUAUCGUCGAGCCUGGCGAGAUCGCCCCUGAGGCUGUCCACCUCCCGGGUAUCUACGUGAAGAGAGUGAUCCAGAGUACCACCCCGAAGAACAUCGAAAAGUAUACUUGGGCGAAGGAUGAAAACGACGCCGACUCUAAGAAGAUCCUUGGCUCAGGUGACACAGCUGCCAAGAGAGAGCGCAUCGUCCGGAGAGCCGCCAAGGAAUUCAAGAAUGGCAUGUACGCCAACCUUGGUAUCGGCAUGCCCAUGCUUGCCCCUGGAUUCGUCGGCCCUGAGGUCGAAGUCCAACUCCAGUCCGAGAACGGUAUUCUCGGCCUCGGCCCUUACCCCAAGCAGGGCGAGGAAGAUCCCGACCUCAUCAACGCCGGCAAGGAGACAGUGACUCUGCGCCCAGGUGCUGCUGUCUUCGGCAGCGAGGAGAGUUUCGGUAUGAUUCGUAGCGGCCGCAUCAACCUCACCAUCCUCGGCGCCAUGCAGGUCAGCGCCACUGGUGAUCUGGCCAAUUGGAUGCUGCCCGGUAAGGUGAAGGGCUUCGGUGGUGCUAUGGAUCUGGUCAGCAACCCCAGCGCUACCAAGGUCGUCGUCACCAUGGAGCACACAGAUAAGAAGGGAAACCCCAAGAUCGUCAAGCAGUGCGCCUUCCCUUUGACGGGUCGCGCUUGUGUGUCAAGAAUCAUCACGGAGCUGGGCGUGUUUGAUGUUGACUUCGCCCAUGGCCUCACCCUCGUGGAAAUCGCGGAUGGUGUCACUGUGGAUGAGAUCAAGAGCAAGACCGAGGCCCCAUUCCACGUCGCUGAAGACCUGAAGCCCAUGCUAUAAAGCUUGAACGACGAUGUCUACUACUGUCUUUCCCUAUUCAUCAUGUAUAUAGCGUUUCCUGGUUUUGGCGUUGCAUUGUGAGGAUGAGAAGCAUAACGUGUUUUAUAUCCAUUAGUAUCCCAAUGAUAGAGAAGUGUAGCC